AUAUAUUCGACAAUGAUUGACACUUGAAAUCGUGUUAAGAUAGUUUGAAGAGAAUCUAUUUUUAACACCUGUGUAUAUGGGAACAAUUAUUCCUUUUGUUGAGCAAAUUGAAUUCUCAGAGCUUAAUAUAUUUGAAAUAGUAGGACAUGGGACCUAUGGGACAGUUCAUAAAGCUAUAUGGAAACACAAAGUAGUUGCUGUUAAGAUGUUUGAAGACAAAAUGGAAAAGAAAUCGUUUAUAUCAGAAAUACAACAAUUAUCCCGAGUUAACCAUCCUAACAUAAUUAAGCUUUAUGGAGCAAAUACUAAGUCAAUAGUAUAUCUAGUUAUGGAAUAUGCAGAAAAUGGAUCUCUUUAUAACAUAUUGCAUAGUAAUAAGUAUAAACCAGAAUACACAGCAUCACAUGCUAUCAGCUGGGCUCUUCAAUGUGCCAGAGGUGUAUCAUAUUUACAUAACAUGAAGCCCAAACCAAUCAUACACAGAGAUUUAAAACCUUUGAACUUGUUAUUAAUUAAUGGUGGAACAGUGUUGAAAAUAUGUGAUUUUGGAACUGCUUGUGAUUUUCAUACUCACAUGACAAAUAAUAGAGGGAGUGCUGCAUGGAUGGCACCAGAAGUAUUUGAAGGUUGUAAUUAUAGCGAAAAAUGCGACGUUUUUAGCUGGGGAAUCAUCUUGUGGGAAGUCAUUACCCGUAAAAAACCAUUCGAAGAAAUCGGCGGACCUACUUUCAGAAUCAUGUGGGCUGUCCAUAAUGGUACCAGACCACCUCUGAUAAAACAAUGCCCCAAGCCUAUAGAAAUAUUGAUGACCAGAUGUUGGGAUAAAGACCCUAGCACAAGACCUUCUAUGAUUGAAGUCGAUUACGUUAUGACUCAUAUAUUUCAAUUUUUUAAAGGGGCUGACGUUCCUUUACUAUUACAACCCGAUUUUUCUGAUGACGACCGAACUUGGAACUCUGAGCUCGAUUACUCGUCUUCCAAUUCGUCAUCUUGCCAAUCAAAAUCUAAUUUAGAACAAUCGGUGACUAAGGAAAAUAUAUAUGAUUCACCCAAAACUAAUGCAGAAAUCGAAGAAUCUUGUCAAACCCCGGUUUUUAAAUCAUUCCUAUCGAUCGACAAUAUAAAUCACAUGAUCAAGCCAUGCGGUAAUACUCGCAGAAUUUCGGAUUAUUGCUACAGAGGUUCUUUUAAACAAAAAUUACAUCCUCCUUUGAGUAUAAAAUGCGAUUUGGAAAAUGAUAUUGAUAAAAUAUCAAUACAUAAACGAUCUUCCAAAAAACAUUGCUUAUCGCUGGACAAUCUGGAUGACUUGAAUCGUGAUUACCCAGAUCUAUAUUGGAAUAAUUCAUCAAAAAAACUUAAAGAAAAUAAAAUGGAACUUAUAAAACCAAAAUUAGGGAUACUUUAUGCUCAAAUAAGAGAAGUCAAUGCCGCACUCCAGCAGAAUAACGCUCAACUUAAAUUCUUACAAAUCUCUCCUACAAAAGAAAUUAAUUCUGCCCAAAUAAUACAAGAGCUUCGGAAGGAGAGAGAUGAUUUGCAAAUAUAUUACCAGAUUUUAAUCGAACGAUUAGAAGAAGUGAAGUUAGAAAGUCACGAUAGCCAGAACAAAGAAACAGACGUUUGAUAUAUUUUUAUAUAAUAUUUAUUGACCAAUUAUUUAAAAACAAUUGUAUUUAAAUUUAGUAUUUUAUUUCAUUACUUGAAAUUUAAUUUAUAAAAAUAAACGGUA